UCGUGGACUGAGCAACUACCAUAUUCUCAGCCUUUCCACUGUGGUGCAGCCAUUGAUGGACUACUUGGACUCAAUUCUUGCUCCGACAGUCGCUAUGGAGGCCGGCAGGACUGCGGUGCUGCGCGUGAAACGGAAGCGGAAUACAGAGCCUGCGGAGGCACUGGUGCUGGCCUGUAAACGCCCCCGCAGCUCCAAGGUCGAGUGGCCGGUCCAGGAGACGCCAGAGGGGCUGGAGAAAGAGGCGGAGAACAAAAUCUUCCAGUUGGUUGCUACUGUGCACUCCCAGGAGGACCCAAUCCACCCGCUGGUGAGGGCUGCCCUGCGACCGUCCUGCAACAGCCAAGAACGUAUCCGCCGCCACCUCCGUGCCUCGGUUCGCGAGGUCCGGAAAGAGGGUCGCUACAGGAUAGUCUCCAGACACCGAUUCUCCGGGACCCUUGGCAGCUUGGAGUCUGAGGGGGAUCUGGGGAACCCAGAAGCUGUCGGGGACACAGGCUUCCAGCUGUUGGACCUGAUCCACGAGGAGGGAAACCCAGAGGCCGCUGCCACAGACUACUGCAAAACAUGUGAUCCAGAUAUGAUCCUCCACAGCUCUGUAGAGUUGAUCCGUGAAAGGCUGACUGUAUCUGAGAAUGGACUAGAAGUGGGGCACCAGCAGGAACCAAAGCAUGAUGACUGUGUGUAUGACAUAUACUACGUAGAGAUGGCCACUCCUGGGUGGAUUGAGAACAUCCUAUCUGUGCAGCCUUACAACCAGGAGUGGGAGCUGAUGAAUGAUGAUCAGCAACCAGAAGAUACUUACGAGGAUGAAGAUGAUGAGAACAGUGAAAAUAAUUGGUGCAAUGAGUACCCAGAUGAAGAUAGCAGUGAUGGAGAUGAAGAUUCCAGAGGCUCUGAUGACAGCCUCAGUGAGGAGGAAAGAGGCAGCAGGCAACUGGUGUGGAACAAGUACCCUUUGUAUGUACAGAAGGAAUUUGGCUAUGACAGCCCCCAUGAUCCGGAUUCAGACUGAUGGUCUGAUGAUAUU